AUGAAAACGUUUAUAUAUCUUUGUGUCAUACUUUUUACGAUUAUUCUGGCUGCCAAUGCAACGCCCACAAUCAGUUCCAACGAAAAUUCGAUUCCCGUAGUGAAUCGCAAUCAACUGGAGGAGGGGUUUAUGCGAAAACUGAAGAUGAAAUGUAACCAAAGGGAUAACAACUCUUGCUUAAUGCUGAAAUUGAAUGUGUACAUGAAUCGAAUAUUUAAAAAGUCCACCAUCGAUAUCAAUGACUACAUCAGAGUUACAGAAAACAGGCAUAUGGAAGAAAUUGCAGAUGAUCCAGAGGAUGAUUUAUUAUUGGCACGUUCCAUUAAUUCAGAUGAUGAAACUCUUGGUCUACUCGUGGCAAAUAAAAUAUGGAAAUUUAUACGUUCGCGCACAUUGCGUUACAAAUUUACAGAUAAUGCCGAUUUUGUGGUAACAACAGAACCAAAAGGAAAUCUUAAUUUGGGUGUUUCAAUUAGUCCAAACGUAGCAAUGGAGGAAGGACGUGGUAGGCUUAGACAUAUAAUACCACUGCUGUUGGUGAUGACGACUAAGGCCGGUGUUAUUGGUGCCCUUAUACUAAAAGGAUUAUUUUUAUUAGCUGGCAAAGCAUUAAUUGUAUCUAAGAUUGCGUUACUCUUAUCUGUUAUCAUAGCACUGAAAAAGCUUAUGUCACAGAAGAAGCAUGUAGUAGAAAUACCACAUCAUGAUAGCUACAAUUCAGGUUGGGCGCGUGCGUUAGAUGGUUUUCUGGAAGGUAUGGCUGACAUGCCAGCACAAUUAAGUGAACAAGACGCACAUGAAAUGGCUUUUACGGCACAAAAACCAACAUAA